CUCUUUCCCUUCUACAGAAAACUUGGAGAACGAGCGCCAGUCUGUCCUCGGGACAUUGCUCCGCUUCCAUCAAGGACCUCAUAACUCACCAUGAGGACAUCAAUAGCCUACUGCUGCUUCGUCUUCUCAUUCAUAGCUUUGUGUGUACGCGCGGACACCGAAAUUAUCAACUUUCGUCUACCCUUACCGCCUCACACGACCAUAUACCCCACACCAAACUCUUUGAUAUACACGAUAUCGCCUUACGAGACGUUGACUCUCAAUCUGACAGACAGUUCGCCUGAACGAUGGUUUGCAUUGGAUAUGGGGAAUGGGAAGGGGUCAUAUAAAAGCUGGACUCUGAGAGCUUCGUGGCCUGGAUCAUCCCCCACCAAAAUCGUCCUUAGCCCUCCUCUCUCACCAGGGUACUUUACUCUCCAUGCUGCUCCCCUCUCUCCCCGAUUUCCUCACCACCCACCCUUCCUCACUUAUAUUCCAUACAUGAACCACCUCACAUCAUUCAUCUCCUCCCUUCUUACCACCCCACCGCCGAAACCAAAGCUUUCAGACGACCAAUUCCACACCCCGUUACAUCUUACGCUUGAACCGCUCCUCUUUGGUUUUCUACCGAAUACCGCCCUACCCGCUGUGGGAUUGAUCAUCUUGUGUGCGGCAGCGGCAGGUAUGGGUGUACCGUAUGUGAUAAGAGGUUUAGAAUGCGCUGGCAACUGGGCACAAGCAGAAGACAGAGGACGAACGGAACGGGGAAGGGUUAAAGAAGAGUGAACAGGUAGACUUUCUUUUUGGAAUUAGUGUAUCGGUAUGCCAUAUUAUGCUUGAUUGCUAUAUCAUUAUACAAAUAGGGAGAAGAGAGCUGAACCUCUCUAUAAUACAACAAUAUUUUCCAUCUUUUCUGCUCCCGACACUGCAGCCUGCUCCACCUGUCGGGUAGACCCCUCGUUAUGCACGCUCCCAUUGGAACUCGUAC